AUGUUGACUGCAGAAUUCUAUGCUGGUGUCGAUAUACUCAUGAAAUCCGUGCAAUUCAAGUUAUCCAUUUCCUCAUUAGAUACCUUUUACGUGAUUGGAAGCACGACAUAUUGUUUAAUGUCCUACAUAGAUAGUUCGGAGUGUCAUCAGCUUCAGGAAAAACAUGACUUGAAUCUUAUCUGUGAUACUGUUUACCCCAUGUGGCUGCCAUUCGACCUCCCCCAAAAUUCCUUACGGUAUAUAAUUAUCUCCAUCCAAAUUGUGGCUGCUGAAAUGGCAGUGAUCCCUGCUGCCUGUGUUAAUUUUCUCAUAUGGGAGGCUGUGGAAAUAAUCUCUAUCCACAUUCAUCAGCUGAAACAGCAAUUCAAGAAAAUAAUUGAAGAAACAAAAUUCAAAACCAGGCCAGAUGGUUUAGCUUCAUGGGUGCAAAAUCAUAACCAUAUUCUUAGGCUCGCCGAGGGAUUGAGGAAUCUUGUGAAAACAACGAUGGGGUUUGUUUACCUCCUUGCUGCAAUAAACUUAGGUUGUUUGGAAAGCCAAAUGAUGAAAAUCCAACCUAUUUGUGGUGUGCUAUACUGGUCCGGAUGGACCGUAGCACUCAUGUUGAUAUGUCACUCAGGUGCAAGGCUGAUGGAGGAAAUUGUCUCUGUUGGUGCUGCCAUCUCAGAAUCACAGUGGUAUAUCACUGAUGGUGAAACCAAGAAAGAUAUCGUGUUCAUACUUCUCAGAUCACAAAAACCUAUAUACUUAGAAGCCGCACCAAUUGGUAUCUUGAACUAUGGAUUAUUUGUGAUGCUGAAACAGCAUUUCAAGAAAAUAAUUGAAGAAAGAAAAUUCAAAACCAGGCCAGAUGGUUUAGCUUCGUGGGUGCAAAAUCAUAACCAUAUUCUUAGGCUCGCCGAGGGAUUGAGGAAUCUUGUGAAAACAACGAUGGGGUUUGUUUACCUCCUUGCUGCAAUAAACUUAGGUUGUUUGGAAAGCCAAAUGAUGAAAAUCCAACCUAUUUGUGGUGUGCUAUACUGGUCCGGAUGGACCGUAGCACUCAUGUUGAUAUGUCACUCAGGUGCAAGGCUGAUGGAGGAAACUGUAUCUGUUGGAGCAGCUAUUUCAGAAUCGAAAUGGUAUAUGGCUGAUCUUGAAACACAAAGAGAUAUCACUCUAAUAUUACUGAGAACACAGAAACCAAUAUCCUUGGAAGCCGUGCCUUUCGGUAUCGUCAACAACGAAUUUUUCAUUCAGGUGAUUCGAGCCUCGUUCUCUUUCAUGAGUCUGCUGAACCAAACCCGUUAAAUACCGAAUCAAUGGAAUAACAAUAAUUGUGAAAUUGAUAUUAAUAUUUCGUAUUAUGGCACCAAAAAAAUAACACUGUAUCAAAUUCACACUAUGAUUAUAUUCCUCAACUGAUUACUAACACAUUUGCUCAUUGCAUCAUACAAUGAUACAAGUAAUUAUUAAAAUGUUAUAAAAAUAUUGAAAAUAUUAUAUCUACUGGUAAUCUGCUUUGUGAUAUUUUCA